AUGCUCCGAUGGAUCUGGUUGGUGGUCGGCUUCUGCUUCGCCGACCUGGAGGACUUGGAGCCACUGGAAGCUCUGGGGGCCGACGGCGAGUGUGAGGCGCUUGCGGAGCCUGCCGAGCCUGCGGAGCUUGGUCCUGGUGGUGCACAUAAGGGCUCCUGCGCUUUCCGGGCGCUCCAGCGGCACGCGGCUCGGGCCUCCCGGGACAAGGAUCCGGAUCACAGCUUGCUGUGCUCCAAAGCCGACGGCGUCUGCUCACUACUCUCCGGUGACGGCAGGAGCUCUCUCGCAUUGUCCGACUUGCGCAUGCUGCUAGCCGUGGCGCCCAGCACUUUCCAGGCAUAUGCUGACGCAGUGCAGCUGGAGAAGACUGCUGUGCAGGGAGGCCAUGUGCAUUGUGCUGAAUUGUGCCGUCUUUCGGUACAGUUCCUAGCCUCUCAGAACGUGGUGAUGCCUCCGGGUCCAGACAUCGGCUGCUAUCAGGAUGCUCAAGGUCAUGACAUCUGCAGUGAAGAUCUUUCGCCGCAGACUUUGGCCACACGCUUCGCGAACUCGGAGGACUUGCAGUCGGCGCCUUCUUUGAGAAAAAUGAGGCCGGACCAAGCGGACCAAGCGGAGCCAUUUGCAAAGCGAAAGGCGGUUGGCAAGCAUCGGCGGCAGCGUGGAAGUGUCCGGGUUGAGGAUCCGUACCAGCACACCUUUGAGGUGCUGGUGAAAUCCUACAGCUCUGAGCUUGCCCUCCGCAUCUUGUACAUGUUCAGAGUCUACCCGCGUGCAUUCAACUCCUACUUGGCUGGCAGUGAUGCGCAGCCCAAAGACUGGCAGAACAAGUUGGCCAAGUUCAACUUGGUCGCCCGGGUCUUCAUCAUGAAUGCAAUUCGCAACCUGCGCCUGCACAGGACAGUUCUUCAUCUUCAGAAGUGGUUUGGAGAUGACGCAGUCACUGGACCUUCUCUGAACGAGACUCGUGUCGAAGUGCUUCGGCUGCUCAACUCGGCCGUGCAUGUGAUGAACACGGCCGAGUUUCUCUACAAUGCGUCUGACUGUGACGACAGCACCUUCGCAUUUGUGUAUCCAUCUACCUUCGAUGGUGUUCCUGACCUGCAAGGAGCCUUCCGACGGAAUCAGAAAGGCCAGCCUGUGGUAUAUGUCUGUAUACUGACAGUCGUUGCAGAACGCCUUGGGCUCCUUGCUGAUGCGAUCCAGACAUUUAUACACGAGUCUUCGCACCAUGCGGUGGCAUAUACCGACGACGUGGCCAUUUGCCCCCAAUACCAGUACACGUGGCUGGAAACGUCAGGCCUGCCGCACCUCAACGGCUCGGAGUGCCCAGAUAACGUGGAGAACCAGCCGCGCUUCAGCAUCUUCGGCCUCUCAUGCGAUGUGCCAGGAGCCGAGAUCUUGAAGCUCGCCAAUAUCACCCGGCCACCCUACGCCCGAGGCUCUGAGGACUCCACCCGCUGCCCCGUCAAUUUGGGAGACCUGAAGACCGCGUCUGCGUGCAAAAGAGCCGCGGAGUACCUCGGGCAGACGUACAUCGAGGAGGAGGAGGAUGCAGACUGGCCGCAUGGAUGCUACGAGAUCGCAGCGGGACGUUACCAGGGCGUUUACUUCAACAAGUCGCCCACAGGUUCAGCUGUCCGAGGCACAUUCCCGCUUUGCAAGAUUUUGCCGCUCCAUGCUCCCGCCACAGCUGACGGAAGCUGCCCAGCCACACAUGUAAAAAGCGAGACAGGAGCGUGCGAGCUGGCGCUUCCGUUCUUCGCAGCUGAGAAGGGCAGCAACGAGUGCCCUUCACCCACCGAGUCGGUAGACCAGCUGAAGACGUGUCGCGAUGCUGCAAAUCUGCUGGGCUUGACCUGGGGAGACUCAAUUGCGACUGAAGACUACCCUGGCGGCUGCUUCGCAGAGCAUGGCCAGGUCAGCUUCAAUAAGGAUGUCGGCACUUGGAACGAUGGGGCGGCGCCGAUCUGCAAGCAGGCAUUCUCUUACAGCAUCUUUGACCCACGGGUCACCUAUUACCUUCAACUGCAGCGCUUCUCUCAAUCUGGCGAUGCGGCUCUGUUCAAGUACGUGCCAACCGAUUCCUCCGAUUCCGACUGCGACAUCGCAUACGGCAGGGCAAGAUGCCAGGCCCUGGCGCGGGAUGAUCCGGGCAAAGCGCUGAUGAACGCAGACAGCUUUGGGUACUACGUCCUCGAUGCUGGGAAUCCUGAAGCUUUUGGUGAUUCGAGUGCCUGA